AUGAUGGACUUCAAGGCCUCGACCACGGCCACAAUCGCCACCAUCGACAAGGGCAGUGACCGGACGUUUGCAUCGGCGUUUUUCCACCCGCCGGCGUCACCCACUCACGUCGGAUGCUGCGUGCUCAAUCGAGCGCCAGCGAGACCCCCGUCCGAAAUAUAUUUCGAAAGUCGGGGAAAGUGCUGUAAAAAAUUGCUACGAUACAACGGUUAUCCGAACAAGGUUCUGCUGUACCCGGAAGAAGGAUGGGCUCGCAGUGCCGCUUCCAGCUACUGGACGAUAGCGCCAUGCCGUUGGCGAAGGAACCGCUGCGUGGUGGAGGAGGUGGCCGGCUCUCGGAAACAAACAACGCAUGGGAAAAUGAUCGUUGCUGGCGAUGGUGCACUCCUUAUUGUAGGAACCUUCAAGAGGCGAGUUCCGGAUCCAGACUUUAAGCUCUACCUAUCGUCCAACAUUAGUCUGGCCGACUACAACAUGGGCUACUGUUUGACGGGCACGCUGGAGCGGGGCUGCGAGCGGACGAACCAGUUCCAAACCACCCACUUUGCCGUCAUCCGACGCUGCUGGCCCUCCAACGAACACGAUGGGCAUCACGGUGGGGGUUUUGGGGCGGCUGGUGGCGGUAGCGGUGGUGCAAGUAAGAACAACAACAAAACACAACACACCUACAUCGAUUUUCUCUUCAACCGAUGA